AUGUCACCUUUGCCGCCUGCGCCAGCAUCGUUGUCCACCGAACUCCCGUCCGCGCCAAACGAGACUGCUGCUCCGCCCUUGACCAUACGAUUCAGUCCGCACGUAGAGCUACGGUCGACACGGCCAUCACUCCACUUCACUGCCAUAUCGCGAACACUUUCAAGUCCGAACGGUGUGGUGCGGGUCGGACGGUAUAGUGAGCGGGAUCACAAAGCAGCGGGCGAUACUUCGACCUCGCCUGUUGGGUUCAAGUCGAAGGUUGUCAGUCGACGGCAUUGUGAGUUCUGGCACAACUCCGGACAGUGGUAUGUGAAGGACGUCAAGUCCAGCUCAGGCACGUUCCUCAACCAUGUGCGCCUGUCCAGUCCUGGCGUCGAAAGCCGGCCGUUCCCGGUCAACGACGGCGAUGUUGUGCAAUUAGGUAUCGAUUUCAAAGGAGGCGAGGAUGACAUAUACCGAUGUGUUAAAAUCCGUGUCGAGUGCAACCGCACCUGGCAGAAGAGUGCCAACGCGUUCAAUACUUCGGCGCACAAGAAACUCCUACAAAAUGCGCUGCGAACCGGCGCCAAGCGCAAUUCUGACGCUGGAAGCAUCAACAACUCCGAGUGCACUAUUUGCUUCAACGCUGUGGCGCCACUCCAGGCGCUGUUCGUGGCACCUUGUGGUCACGUCUGGCAUUAUAAAUGUAUCCGGCAGAUUCUUGUGGGACCGCAUUAUCCAAAUUUCCCCUGCCCCAAUUGCCGCUUGGUCGCGGACCUUGAAGCGGAAAUCGAUCAGUCCGAA